UGUUUAAAGAAUUUAUUAAGCAGGAAUUUAAAUGUACAUCUAAAUAAAAUUCUCCAGAAGUACCGGGCUGGCCACGGAUAUGCCUGACUUUAAAUCUGCUCACCAAAGAGGUAUAGUGACAGGUGAAGAAACAUUAAAAAAAAGGUAAAUAUCAUCCCAAUAUAUCAGUAGGCAGAUAUAAUAAUCUAACUCUAAUUUAAGGUUCUACAACUCCAUUUUCCAAUUAAACUGCUUUAUUUUGAUCACCUAAUUUUUUGUUUUGUUUAAUUCUGCACUGAUUCUGAAUUUCUAACACUGUUUAAACAAAAAAACUGGUGUUUGGUCAGAGCUAAAGUGUAAUCCUGUUUGUGGCCAGCCAUGCAUUUCCAGAGAAACAUGAGGCAUCUGAGGAAUUAGAGAACGUGGAUAAGAACAUGUUAUGAUCUGAAAUUAGCUGCACAACAGAGCAUGUGGACCAUGGGUAAGCUUGGAUUGAGUAGAAAGAAAACAGCACUCUUAGUAAAUGUACACGCCAUAGAAAUCCCCAAAUUGUACCGAUCUGGUGCCAAACAUUAAACCAUUUAUUUUAAAGCUACUCAUUGAAUUUGAGCUGUUAUUAAACACAGUAGGACCUCACAUUAUGCUCCCGUUGGAGAUGUUGUUUUUAAAAAAAAACUCAUACUAAUUAGAGGAUUAAAGUCACUCACAAACAAAUAACAACAUCCCUGUAAUUUAGCUGAGAUAAUCAUGGGUAUUAUGUCUGAACAGCGACUGGGAGCACCUAUAAAACCGGGUGUUAGUGUAGGUCCAAAUGGCAACACAGGGGACAAACCUGACUGGAGAAGAUGGAGCAGAUGGCCCUCCUGUGUGUGCUUUCGACUUGCUUCUCAGCUGUGCAAGCUCAGAAUUAUUUGCUGAGUCCAAAAUGGGUCCCUGUUGGCUUUAGAGAGCGUGAAGAGCGAGGCGAUGCAACAGCGAUGGAUAAAAUAAUCCAAGCGAAUGAGUUCCACGCCACCAGAAUCAUUGAUGGCACUACCACUCUCCGAGAAGGAGACAUUGCUGUCUCCUCUGGAAGACGCUCCAAAGUCUGCUUUGCUCGAAGCUGCUUGUGGUCAAAGUCAGUGGAUGGACAUGUCUAUGUCGCAUACAUGCUCUCCCCUGAAUACACUGAAAUUGAGGAAAAGCUGAUAAAGAAGGGGAUGGACAACAUCGAGGAUGGUACCUGCAUCCGUUUUGUUCCUCGUACUCACCAGAGAGACUACCUUGACAUCCAAUCAAAGUCUGGGUGUUGGUCCUACCUUGGCUCUCGUGGUGGAAGACAGACCGUGUCUCUGCAGAACCCUGACUGCAUGCAGGUUGGCGUGAUCUCCCAUGAAUUUAUGCACGCCCUGGGCUUCGUGCACGAGCAGUCCCGCUUUGACCGAGACAACUACAUCACCAUCAUGUGGCCAAACAUUUGGAGAGAUCGGUUUAGAAACUUUGAGAAGUUCAAAACCGAGAAUCUGGACCUUCCUUAUGACUACAGCUCCAUCAUGCACUUUGGGAUGUAUGCAUAUUCGAUGGACGGAGAACCAACCAUCGUUCCGAAGACCAACAGGAACAUUAAGCUCGGCCAGGCGUCCUCUCUCAGCCACGUUGACAAGCUGAAAAUCAACAGACUGUAUCAGUGUGCUGUAAAAGACGAUUAGCAACCGACCCAAACUGAACCCGAAAAUGAAUCCUCUGAGAGCAAAUCGAGAAUACAAACUUCUGCGACAUCCUGCAACGAUCCAUUCAAGCUUUCUAUCAGCGCUAACUUUGUUUAAUUCAAUUUAUCUGUUUAAACAAAUCGUGCUGAACGAGUAAGGAGAACAACUUCCUGUGAAACUGGAUUAAAGCUUAGUCUUGUCAUCUUUAUGUUUCCACUCACUUCCUGUAAUAAAAAAUCAUGAAUCAAA